GGGGUCCUUCAGAGGAAUGCGGAAACACAGCUCCGAAAAUAUUGUACCAAAGAUUGUACGUUAGAAGAUUCAAGGAGUCACAGAUUAUGAUCCGUUGGAAUGGAAGAAAACCAGUGCCUGCAUGCAAGUCGUCUACUACAAGAUGAAGACUCUCUAAUCGAGGGGGUUAGCAAUCCCGUCCUCUUUGUUGUUGUAUUGAGCGUCACCUUUCUGGGUGGAUUGGCUACGCUGCUGUGCAGGAAUGAACAACAACAGAGAAUCCACCCAGAAAAUCAAGAGCAUGUACGUGCAGUUCGACAGCAGCUACAGACAGAUCAGGAGACACCGCCAGAGCCCAGGCACCAGUUCUACACGGACAUGUCAUGUCCAGUAUGCCUGCAGCAGGCCUCUCUGCCAGUGGAAACCAACUGCGGCCACCUCUUCUGUGGCUCCUGCGUCAUUGCAUACUGGCGGUAUGGGACAUGGCUGGGGCCAAUCAGCUGUCCUAUAUGUAGACAAACGGUGACGCUGAUUUUUCCGCUCUUCCACGGGACGGAGCAGGCUGCCCCCUCCGAUCUUCCGGAUGAUGGGCAGCCCGAGGCCAACCUCAUCCUGCAGGACCUCACGGACUACAACCGCAGGUUCUCCGGACAGCCCAGAUCACUGAUGGACCGUUUGCGGGACGUGCCCACGCUGCUGCGCCACGCCUUCCGGGAGAUGUUCUCGGUGGGCGGUCUGUUCUGGAUGUUCCGGCUUCGCAUCCUGCUGUGCCUGGUGGGGGCGCUCACGUACCUGGCCUCGCCGCUGGACUUCAUCCCCGAGGCGCUCUUCGGCCUGCUGGGCUUCAUGGACGACUUCUUCGUCAUUCUGCUCCUCUUCAUCUACAUCUCAAUCAUGUACCGCGAGGUGGUGACCCAGCGGCUGGGCGGAGGAGGAUGAUGCGUGUGAAGAGACACACACACGCGCACACACACACACACACACACGCACACACCCCAACACAGCACCUGCACUCAUUCAUACACACGUGCACUCAUGGAUACAUCAUAGCUUGCCCUUACAUCAGGUCAGAGACAUUGGUAGAGAAGGCUGAGUGUGCUGGGUCUUCCUGUGGCCUAGUGUGUGGCAUGUGUGUGUUGGCGGAUGUGGCGUGGGUCAGGGUGCUAGCUAGCUAGCUUUGUGUUUGUUUGUAUUGCUGCAUUGUGUGUGUGUCAUGUGUGCUGCAUGGCCAUCAUCAUCCUUGGCAUUCCCUACAUGAACUGUCCCAAAAGAACAGAUCACAGUUUCUCCUUGGAUGUGGGACAUGUGGACAGACUUUUCUGCUUGUGUGUGGCUGUGUGCUAGUGUGGACAGAUAUAUCAGUUAUCGAGAAACGAAUGUCGAUAAUAACGACUUGUCAUCUCAAGUGCCCUCAACUAUAUUUUUUUAAAGCUGAGGGCCGUGUAAAAAGGUGAAAGUUCAGUAGCCUUGAGUUUAACUACAACAUAUCAAUUUAACAUCGCAACUUUAAAGGAAAUGCAAUAUGUGCAGGUGUCCUUUAUGGACGUAUGUAAUAGUUACCUUUUCUGAGUCCUACUCUAAACUGGAAAUGUGCUCUUGUCUAUAAGAUUUAGAAGGGAAAUUAGGAGGAAGAAACUGUUCUGUUCAAGAGCCAAGCCUGUGCACUCGUUCAGAUGUCCAGUGUGUCAGGACCUCAGACAGACGUCAUGUUCAUUAUUGUGUUGUCUCUUGUAUGGUGGAAUAGGAUUUUUUGUCGAUGCCUUUCUUUAAGUCCAUUUUUAUUGUUUUCUUCAGUCAGUUGCCCGCUCUGUCCUCUUUUCUUGCUGUUUCUUUCUUCCUUUCCUUUCCCUUUUCUUUUGUUCCUUGAUUUCUCUUUCUCUCUCUCUCUCUCUCUCUCUCUCUCUCUCUCUCUUUUCCACUCUGCUCUUACUUUCUUAAGCAUGUCUUCCUUCUCUCUUUUCGUUGUUAUAUUUAUGUUGAUGUUUAGCAUUGUUGGUUAUUGUUUUAAGAAGAUGGAUACCAGACAGUGGUAAUCUAUCCAGUUGCCUUGAGCUAAACCUUUGUGUGUGUAUGUCCUCCCCUUCCCCUGUUGUCGUUGGGUGCCAAACCAAGAGCUUGCCCUUCCUCACCCAAUCUCAGGGUGUCACCUCUCUCUGUCAUGCACAAUUUUGUCAUCCUCUCUUCAAACCUGAAUGCGCUCUUCAGCAGCGUGUCCUUGAAAGGGUAUUUUAAUCCUCGGUAACAGCACACCAUUUGCCAAAGCGGUCAUAUCAUUUCAAAUCAUCGUUCAGUGUUGGCGUGUCAUACACUUAAGAGGCAUGGAAGUUUAUUUGCUUUCUUGUGUUAUGGAUUCCGGAGAGGUUCCUUGUGAAACAAACCCAAAAAACAUCUCUGUGGCUGGCACCUAGUGUAGUGUCCUCUUAAAGGGAAACCUGUUUUCUUAAAAAGAAAAAAAGGAAUCAUUGCACUAUUAUGCAUUUCUUUUAUUGACCUAGAAUGUACAAUGCGUCAGAUACAGAAUAAAUGUUUACAGUGAAAAGAAAAACCUCAUUUGUUUUGUGAGUCCAACUUGCUUCCUUGCAGGCUGAAAGCUCUGUCUAGCCAGUGGUGACGGGAUCAGUGAUUAAAUAAAAGAACUGCCUGAUAUAUUCCCAUUACCUUAAAUAUGAACAUGUUUGUUAUCCUCUCAAGAAAUAAAGAUUAUAACGAUAUA